AUGGCGGCAACUGAAGAAAAUUCAAUUCCCUUGGUUGUUAAGAAAUCAGAAGUGGUUCUUGUGAAACCCUCACAGCCGAUACCUGAUGUCUCUCUAUCGCUCUCUACCAUAGACAACGAUCCUCACUGCGAAAUAAUCAACCAAACCGUAUGUGUCUACGCCCCUAAACCCUAUCUUGAAGAUCAAGCCAACGACGACCCGGCUUCUCUUCUCCAAGGUGCCCUAUCUAAUGCCCUAAUCUACUACUUCCCUCUAGCCGGAAAAAUUCACCGGAGAUCGGACGACUAUAGACUUCAACUGAGUUACAAAGCCGGAGAUGGAGUUCCCUUUAUUAGUGCAACGGCUGCGUGCACUCUCUCUUCUCUCAAUUACUUGGAUAGUAUUGGCGAUGCAGCCUACCAACUCGUGCCUUGUUACGAACCCGUGAAAGGUUGUGAAGAAUAUGACCCUCUGGCUCUACAAGUCACCAAGUUUGCGUGUGGAGGAAUCACUAUUGGAAUGACUCACUCUCAUUCAGUCUGUGAUGGUGUUGGGAUAGCUCAGUUUUUCCGAGCAAUGAUCGAGCUUGCCUCAGGGAAGACCCAACCUACUGUCAUCCCCGUAUGGGAGCGAGAGAGGCUCACGUUUAAAGGAAAACUAGGGGACGUCCCGGAUGUGCCAAACGCUGGCUCUUUGUAUACAGAUGACAUGGUCCAAGAAAUCCUCAACAUUACCUCCGACAAUAUUAUGAAACUAAAGAAAGCAAUUGUAGAGGACGAGCAUAUUACAAAUAAGCAGGAGAAUAACGUGGUGGUCACAACUCUGGAGAUUGUUGCGGCCCAAGUCUGGAGAGCACGAUGCCGAGCUCUUAAUAUGAGUCCAGAUGAAAAUAUGGUUUUGUCGUUAGUCAUUGGUAUCCGCGGCAUUAUGGAGCCGUCACUACCAGAAGGUUACUACGGCAAUGCCUUUGUAAUCGGUUUCGUAACAUCAACAGCUAAAGAUCUGAGCGAAUCAUCAUUGUCUCGUGUCGUGAGGCAAAUUAAAGACAUGAAGAGAGCGGUGCUAGACAAGCGGUACGUGUUGGGGCAGCUUAGCCAUAUUGAGAGAAGAUUGGAGAUGAAGGCAACCAAUAAUAUCGUCAGCAUAGGGUGCACGUUACUAACGGAUUGGCGGCAAAUCGGUCUAUUUUACAAUGGUUGGGGAGGUUUAGUGAACAUUAUACCUUUAGUUCCGAGGACAAAUCCACUUCUCUAUAUUUUACUUCCCCCGCCAAAGGCAGAUCCAGGAAUGAGUGGUGGUGUUCGAUUGCUGGUAACGCUUCCUAGGGAUGCGAUGGCGAAGUUCAAGGAAGAGAUGAAUAUUGUCUAA